UUUCGCUCCUUUGGUCGCAGCCGGUGGUUCUGGAAGGUUCUGUAGUAAUUUAACGCAGGCAGAACCGGAGCGAAUCCGCGUCCAUCCGAGCCGAGGGAGCGGUGUGCCGGUCAGCACGCAGCGCGGACGUCUUCCGUAAACACUGAAAACAAAUAAUUUAGUGUGAUUUUCCAUUAAAAAUAAAAGAUAAAGUAAAGAUGCCCGAAGCCGCGGUUGCAGUGCCGAAGGGAGGCAAGAAUAACGGAGGCACUUAUGUGGACCGGGACAAACCGGCUCAGAUUCGGUUCAGCAACAUCAGCGCGGGGAAAGCCGUCGCCGAUGCCAUCAGGACGAGUCUCGGGCCCAAAGGCAUGGACAAAAUGAUCCAGGAUGGGAAGGGAGACGUCACCAUCACUAACGACGGCGCCACUAUCCUCAAUCAGAUGCAGGUCCUGCACCCUGCUGCCAAAAUGCUGGUCGAGCUGUCCAAGGCUCAGGACAUUGAGGCUGGAGACGGCACUACAUCUGUGGUGGUGAUUGCCGGAGCUCUCUUGGACUCCUGUGCUAAGCUGCUACAGAAAGGCAUCCACCCGACCACCAUCUCUGAGUCGUUCCAGAAGGCGGUGGAUAAGGGCGUGGAGAUCCUGACCUCCAUCAGCCAGCCAGUGGAGCUGAGCGACCGCGAAACUCUGCUUAACAGUGCCACCACCUCCCUGUGCUCCAAAGUGGUGUCCCAGUACUCCAGCCUGCUCGCCCCCAUGAGCGUGGACGCUGUCAUGAGGGUCAUCGACCCGGCGACCGCCACCAGCGUCGACCUCCGCGACAUCAACAUUGUCAAGAAGCUCGGUGGGACCAUAGAUGACUGCGAGCUGGUGGACGGUCUGGUUCUGACCCAGAAGGUGGUCAACAGUGGACUGACCCGUGUAGAGAAGGCCAAGAUCGGUUUGAUUCAGUUCUGCUUGUCUCCUCCGAAGACUGACAUGGAUAACCAGAUUGUGGUGUCGGAUUACGCCCAGAUGGACCGCGUGCUCCGUGAGGAGAGAGCUUACAUCCUCAACAUGGUCAAACAGAUCAAGAAAGCCGGCUGCAACGUCCUGCUCAUCCAGAAAUCCAUCCUCAGGGAUGCUCUGAGCGACCUCGCUCUUCAUUUCCUCAACAAGGUGAAGAUCAUGGUGGUGAAGGACAUCGAGAGGGACGAGAUCGAGUUCAUCUGCAAGACGAUCGGCACCAAACCCAUCGCCCACAUCGAUCAGUUCACACCGGAGAUGCUGGGCUCGGCCGAGCUGGCUGAGGAGGUGAACCUGGACGGAUCGGGGAAACUGGUCAAGAUCACCGGUUGUGCCAGUCCAGGGAAGACGGUGAGCAUCGUGGUGCGCGGCUCCAACAAGCUGGUGAUCGAGGAGGCUGAACGCUCCAUCCACGACGCUCUUUGCGUUAUCCGCUGCCUCGUCAAAAAAAGGGCUCUGAUUGCGGGCGGCGGCGCUCCGGAAAUCGAGCUGGCCCUGCGCUUGGCAGAGUAUGCCCGGUCCCUGGCUGGCAUGGAGGCGUACUGCGUGCGCGCCUACGCCGACGCCCUCGAGGUCAUUCCCUCCACGCUGGCCGAAAACGCCGGUCUCAACCCCAUCUCCACAGUAACCGAGCUGCGCAACAGACACGCUCAGGGUGAGGCGACGGCCGGCAUCAACGUGCGCAAGGGUGGCAUCUCUAACAUCCUGGAGGAACUGGUGGUCCAGCCUCUCCUGGUCUCCAUCAGCGCGCUCACGCUCGCUACGGAAACAGUGCGCGGAAUCCUCAAGAUCGACGAUGUCGUGAACACACGAUAAGGUGUGUGUGUGAAGAAGGAAGGCACUGAUGGGACUGAAGCGCUGCUGCUCAAGGAUGUGGGGACCUCGCCGAACGCCUCGCCAUGACAAAACGCUCAUGAGCUGUCUGUAGAUGUUACGCUGCGUAAUUUAAUAAACUUUUUUUUUGGA